ACAUACGGAAGAAGGCGGUAGUCACGUGAUCACAACAUCCGGUUUGUCCGAGAUGGCCGCUUCAAGGUUACCGUCUGCAGCGCUUUCUCUGAAACAGUUCUUACAGAGACAGAGAGUUUUGGGGAUCUACAGGAACAUGCUGAGGGCCAUACGGAAGGUACCUGACCAGGCAGACAGGAAGUACCUCAGUGACUGGGCCAGAGACGAGUUCAAGAGGAACAAGAACGCCACAGACCAGGAUGCCAUCCGUAUGAUGAUCACACAAGCAAGCAACCAUCUGGAGGAGCUGCACAAGUCUCUGGCGUUGGCCGGCCGGUGACUGGGAGCUGCUGGGGGUCUGGACUGCUUUCUGUGGAGACUGUAUGCAGGGGAGUGUUGCUGUCAGUGAGCGCUGCAGGCUUUGGCUGGACACCUUUUCCAGGAUGUGUUGAUGGAACUGACCCAAAGGCUCCACCCGUUAACCCCUGAGGCUGACUGGCCUUUGGCCACACUUCUGUUGGCGCUGUUAAUAAUAUGUAAGGAUAUUGUAUAUUAAAGGGGUGAUAGAAUGCAAAACCUA